CUCUCUCUCACCGGCCAGCUUCCCCAUCGGACACAUCCCCUCUCGUGUUCCCUUCCUCGCUGUCAGUCACCACCAGCUUUUAACUCCGCAGACAGCUCGCGUAGAACCACAUGCCUGAGCCCCACUCUAUGUGUCGAUCGCUUGAUGGAGCGAGCGCCCCUGUCCUCAGUAAGCACAAAGCACUAUUGGAAAUAUAGGAAACCGGCUCGCUGCAGGCGCUCGCUCGUGCGAGGUGGAUUAUUAACAGCCCAGAUUCCACACUUGUCCAACUCAGGCGUGUGUCUCCCACACGUCUUUUUGAAACAAAUGUACAUAGGCGUCUGACGGACGCAGCUCGUAUCCUCCAAGAAAUCCCACCGCUGUUGGACCGUGGCUUCCCAUCUCCUUUUGGGCCGGCCCCUUGUCUCCGGGGCGCGAUCGCGCGUGGCGCACUGCGAGUGCCGCGGAGUGCGGCU